UGUCUUGUGGCCAAAGAAGAAUUUAAGGCCUGUCCAGUCACUGCUGACAUUGUUCUGCUGCAGCUGGUCCUCAGUUGAGCUGGAGCGUAUGCAUUUGGUGAACAGGUCGAUGAGCCAUUUGAAGUAAACUUUGCCCAGAGUUUGACAGAGUAAGCUCAAUGGAUUCUGCACGUAGGUAUGGGAAAUACAGAGUGGAGAGGGACGUGUUGGACGAGCAGAGACUGGAGGAGAUAACACAGAGAAAAAAACUCUCUGAAUCGCGCCCUCCUCUGACCAAACGACUUAAAGACUCCUUAAGAUGUUCAGUACCCAAACUCAAAAGAAGCGUGAUGAGCUUCUUCCCUGUAUUAUCCUGGCUGCCCAAAUACUCAGUCUUGGACUAUGGCAUGCCAGACCUUAUUUCUGGCAUCAGUGUGGGCAUAAUGCACUUGCCUCAAGGUAUGGCAUAUUCAUUGUUGGCUUCCUUACCUCCUGUAUUUGGCCUCUACUCGUCCCUCUAUCCAACAUUAAUCUACUUCUUCUUUGGAACAUCACGUCAUAUCUCCAUCGGUACAUUCACCAUGAUCAGCAUCAUGGUGGGUAGUGUGACGGAAAGACUUGCUCCAGAUAAGGAUUUCCCCAUAAUGAAUGGGACAAACGUCACUUCAGAGGUGGACAUCGCUGCCCGGGACUCAUACAGGGUGCAAGUUGCGGCUGCCACCACUAUCAUGGGAGGACUGAUUCAGGUGUUCCUGGGUUUGGUAAAGUUUGGAUUUGUGGCAACAUACUUGUCGGAGCCUCUGGUGCGAGCGUACACGACCGCAGCAUCAGGCCAUGCCGUGGUGGCACAACUGAAGUACAUCUUUGGCGUUUCACCAACAAGGUUUCAUGGGCCACUGUCACUGGUGUAUACUCUGAAAGACGUUUGCAUUUUGCUGCCGCAGACUCAUCUUCCCACUCUGGUGGUCAGUGCCGUGUCCAUGGUGUUUCUAAUCGCAGCCAAGGAACUAAACUCCUUCCUUGGCCCAAAACUGCCAGUGCCUGUCCCAAUGGAGCUUAUAACAAUUGCAGCAGCAACACUGAUUUCACACUAUUCCCACUUGAACAUGAACUACACAGUUUCAGUUGUUGGAGAAAUUCCUAGUGGUUUAAGUCCCCCCAGUGUUCCAGACUUCAACAUUAUCAGAGAAGUUAUGGGUGAUGCUAUAGCGCUGGCCAUUGUUGGGUAUGCCAUAUCUAUUUCACUUGGAAAAACAUUUGCACUGAAACACGGAUACAAGGUGGAUAGCAACCAGGAGCUGGUGGCGCUGGGUCUGAGUAACACAGUGGGAGGCUUUUUUCAGUGCUACUCAGUCUGUGCGUCUAUGUCUCGAAGUCUUGUCCAAGAGACCACGGGAGGAAAAACACAGAUGGCUGGAGUGGCCUCCUCUCUGAUUGUGUUGGUGACCAUACUGAAACUUGGAUCACUGUUCCAGGAGCUGCCAAAGGCUGUCCUCGCCGUGAUUGUCUUUGUAAAUCUGAAGGGCAUGUUCAAGCAGCACUCUGACAUUGUCACACUGUGGAGGCGCAGCAAGAUUGAUCUGAUGGUGUGGUUGGUCACCUGGGUGUCAACACUGCUCCUCAACAUGGAUGUGGGUCUGGCAGUGUCUAUCAUCUUUAAUAUACUGACUGUCAUCUUCAGGACUCAGUUGCCAACAUACUCUGUUCUGGGAAAUGUUCCGGGCACAGAACUGUACUUGGAUAUAGAGACGCACAGAGAGGCGAGAGAGAUUCCAGGUGUUACUAUAUUCCGCUCCUCUGCUACAGUAUAUUUUGCGAAUGCUGCGCUCUACCUCGAGGCUCUGAAAGAAAAGAGUGGGCUCGACAUCAGUGAGAUGAUUAUCUAUAAGAGGAGGAAGGAGGCCCAACAGAGACGUAGAGAAAGAAGAGCUGAGAGACGGGCCAAGAGGCAGGCCAAGAAAGAGAGACGAGCACAGAGGGCAGCGAAACAGAUGCCUGCUAUACAGGUGUUCUCUGUGGAAACUGAAUGGUUGGAAACAGGCGACAAAGACGAUCACUGGAUGAAGAAGGAGAACGGGACAGUGUUUGUCGUCCCAUCUCCCCAAUUGCCAGACAGCCACAGUAGAUGGGAGUACCUGAAGGGGGGAGCUCCAGAUGGCACAAGUUUAGGGUGGAUGUCCGAGCUGCAAGACGGCGACACCACCACACUGGGCUCCAGCAGUGAGGACACACUGAGUCGGGACCUGGAGCGGGUCUCUCUCGGUUCUCUGGGCGACUGGACCUGGGACAUUCACUCCAUCAUUCUCGACCUCUCCACAGCCAACUUCAUUGACACAGUGGCUAUCAAGGCUAUCACAAAUGUUUUCCACGACUUCAGUGAGAUUGAUGUGGAUAUCUACAUGGCUGGUUGUCAAGCCUUUGUGGUGGAGCAGUUAGAGCUUGGUGACUUCUUCUCCGAGACAAUAACAAAGAAACAUCUUUUCGCCUCUGUUCAUGAUGCUGUGAUCUACUGUCUGGAGCACCGUGGAACAUUAUCCUUUCCCAAACACGAGCCAUCAGUGGACAUGCAGAGCAGCACAAAACUCUAAAGACUCCAUUUUAAAGCAAGGAGGAUGGAAAACCAUUUCAACAUCUACAAGAGGAAAUAUCACAAGCUGUACCUUUAAAGAUGCAGUGUGUAACAUUUAGGUGAGAGGGAUUUUUGGCAGAAAUUUAAUAUAAAAUAAUCCUAGUGAUGUUUACACUG